GAGUUGACAACAUGACUUCACCAUCACCAGCUGUUCAGAAGGGAAUAGUGAAACAGAUCCUCUCAGGGGAUGCUGUUGUUAUUAGAGGUCAGCCCCGUGGGGGGCCACCACCAGAGAAGACUAUCUGUUUCUCCAACAUCACAGCUCCAAGGAUGGCUCGACGACCAAAUCCAAACAUGGAGGGAGCAACAGAAACCAAAGAUGAGCCAUUUGCUUGGGAGGCAAGAGAAUUUCUCAGGAAAAAGUUGAUAAACAAGGAAGUUGUCUUCACUGUAGAGUACAAAGUUCCAGGAACUGGACGAGAAUAUGGAUGUGUGUACUUGGGAAAAGACAUGAAUGGUGAGAACAUGACAGAACAGUUGGUCUCCGAGGGACUGGUAGAAGUCAGGAGAGGUGGAGUUCGAGCUGAUGAUGCCAGCCAAAGUGCUUUAAUACAAUUGGAAGAUGGCGCCAAAUCCGCAGGCAAAGGAAAAUGGGCAACAGAAGGCAUUAAACCAAACAGUAUCAGAGAUGUAACCUGGGUAGUAGAAAACCCUCGUAACUUUGUAGACUCGCACCAUAACGAACCAAUAAACGCUGUGAUUGAACAUGUACGAGAUGGUUGUACUGUGCGGGCAUUCCUCCUUCCAACAUUUGAUUAUGUAACAGUAAUGUUGUCCGGAAUCAAGUGUCCAAUGUUCAAACAAGAUGAAGAAGGUAAACAGAUGGCAGAACCCUUUGCUACGGAGGCUAAGUACUUCACUGAAGUUAGACUGUUACAACGGGAUGUGAAGAUCAUCCUGGAGGGCGUGUCAAAUCAGAAUUUACUUGGCACAGUAUUACACCCGAAUGGUAAUAUAGCUGAGCUUCUGCUGAAGGAAGGGUUUGCACGUUGUGUGGACUGGAGCAUGGGUGUCGUAACACAGGGAGCCGAUAAACUCAGGGCAGCCGAAAAAUUGGCCAAAGAGAAGAAAUUGCGCAUGUGGAAAGAUUACAAAGCACAGGAGCAAAGUGUUGACCUCAAAGACCAGAGUUUUUCUGGCAAGGUUGUAGAAGUUGUAAAUGGAGAUGCAUUAAAUGUGAAAACAGGUGAUACAAUCAAGAAGGUAUUCCUAGCUAGCAUACGACCACCAAGACCAUCACUUGAGCAGAAUGAGAAUGCACCACCAGCCCCCAAAGAAGCUAACAAGAGGCCACGGCCUCUGUAUGAUAUACCCUACAUGUUUGAGGCACGAGAAUUCCUCAGGAAAAAACUGAUUGGAAAGAAAGUGAAUGUACAAGUAGACUACAUACAGCCUCCUAACCAGGGCUUCCCAGAGAAAAUGUGUGCAACAGUAACAACAGGAGGAGUAAAUGUCGGAGAAGCAUUAGUGGGUAAAGGCUUGGCCACAGUGAUACGUUAUCGCCAGGAUGAUGAUCAACGCUCCUCUCAUUAUGACGAGUUACUGGCAGCUGAAGCCAGGGCUAUCAAAAAAGGCAUGGGUCUACACUCUAAAAAGGAACCCCCAAUCCACAGAGUGGCUGAUGUAUCAGGGGAUAUCACAAAAGCCAAACAAUUCCUGCCCUUCCUGCAGAGGGCUGGCAGAUCUGAAGCCAUUGUAGAGUUUGUAGCCAGCGGCUCUCGACUUCGUCUUUUCAUUCCACGAGAAACGUGUCUCAUUACAUUCCUCGUGUCUGGUAUUUCCUGUCCAAGAGGUACUCGUACUAUGCCGGGUGGUGUAGUAACUCCUGCAGAGCCUUUUGGUGAUGAAGCAACGCUUUUCACUAAGGAGAUGUGUCUACAGCGUGAGGUUGAAGUUCAGGUAGAGGCCAUGGACAAGGGAGGUAACUUUAUUGGCUGGCUGUUUGUAGAGAAUGUAAACCUGUCCGUUUCACUUGUGGAGGAAGGAUUGUCCAAGGUUCACUUCACUGCUGAGCGCAGCAACUACUACAAAGCUUUGUGUGUGGCACAGGACCAAGCCAAGUCAAAAAAACUUAAUCAAUGGGCAGCAUAUGAAGAACCUGUAGAAAAGGAGGAGGUGAUUGAAGACACAUCAGAUAGAAAAGUUAACUACAAACAGGUGGUCGUCACAGAAGUCUCUCCUGAAGAACUCAAAUUCUAUGCUCAAUAUGUAGACAAUGGGCCUCAGUUAGAGAAACUGAUGGAGCAGUUACGACAAGAUAUGGAGUCCAACCCUCCACUGCCUGGAUCCUACACACCAAAGAAGGGCGAAGUUUGUGCUGCCCAAUUUUCAGCUGACGAAUCCUGGUACCGUGCCAAGGUGGAGAAAGUUGAAAGGUCUCAUGUAACAGUUCUAUUCAUCGACUAUGGGAAUAGAGAAAAGACCGAUGCCUCAAGGUUAGCAAAGUUGCCUGCCACAUAUCAAACACUGGCACCCCAAGCUCAGGAGUUCGCCAUGGCAUGUGUAACACUACCCCCUGAUGAGGAUUCAAAAGCAGAUGCCCUUGAUGCAUUCUACAAUGACAUUAUAAACAAGGAACUGAUGAUGAACGUUGAGUACAGGGUCCCUGGUCAGGACUAUGUCACACUCGUCUACCCGGACAACAAGGAUGACGUUUCACAGGGGCUCAUAUCUGCAGGCUGGAUCCUUGCAGAAAAGAGACGUGAGAAACGAGUAGCCAAAAUAGUAACUGACUACCAGAAAGCCCAGGAAAAAGCAAAGAUUGCUCGGGUAAACCUAUGGAGGUAUGGUGACUUCACAGAAGAUGAUGCCAAGGAAUUUGGCUAUAAGAAGUGAAAAUGAUUCUGAUCAGCUGCUGCCCUACACCCCUUCUGGAAGAAAGGGUACUUCUGAUUGGCUGUAGGACUCGGCAACCAUUUCUGUCAACACAAGUGAAAUAUAGAAAUACUUUAAACAUACACAAGUGGAAUCUAGAAAUUCAUGAACGAAACAGUACAAAGGGGACUUUUCUCAGACAAACAAUGAUUAACUUGCAUUUGAUGACUUGGAUUCUUCCAUUUUUUUUUUUUUAAAUAUGCUGCAGAAUUGUUUGUUGAAAUGAUCUGAAAACCAUUCGGUUUGCCCAGCUCUUUACUUCAGUUUGCUAAACAGCUACCUCGGUUGUCUUUAGUAGUAGAGGUACAGUUUUUUGUUGAGUGAGCUAGAUGGUAAGAAGGGUUCAUUUGUUUGGAGGAGAUCUUCCCUCUGUCACUGUUUUCGUUGUGAUAUAUAACAAAAAAUUGAUACAUCAACACAAGUGGAAUCUAGCUAAAUUUAUUUAAUUUUUUUUACUACAAAAUAAGAAAAAUUCAAAUAUUUAAAGAAAUAGACAGAACAUGUGGAAUCUAGCUAUUUUGUAUGUAUUUUUUAUUUAGGAGCUCUGUAUCAUUCUGGAUGUUAGGCCUUGUUGGUUUUUACUAUUGGUGAAUGUCGUCCCAUGGCCUGAGUUCAGGGCAUGAUUGCUGAGUGAAAGGAGUGUUUGAGUUAGUGACUUUAUUAACGUAGCCGGCGUGCUUGGUGCUGAGACAUUCACAAUGUGAUUGCCGUGUUAAAUAGAGAAAGUGCAUGAGAUAUUCUGUUACUUAAUUUUUCUGCAAUAUGCACGUGAUUCAAUGUUUUUAUCACAGGCCACUAUCCCCUGCAGAAAUGGCCAAUAAAGAGAUAGAAAAAAAUGUAGUUUGUAGCAUGGGAAGGGAACCAUAUAUAGUGUAUAAACCAACAUUGUUGUCUCUAAGUUACAGUAUUUAAAAUGACCGAUUGAUUUUAUAACUUGUUGUCAUUGCAUUUUUUGAGAAACAAAAGCAUUUGAUAGGUCAUGCCCCGAAGUUAUUUUUGUAAACCACUGCAGCAGUUCCUCAACAAAGGGCAUUCUGAUUUAAGAUCAGCCAAGAGGAGAGAUACUUUUAGAAGUCCUGUCCAUGUCUGUAUUACAGUCACAGAAAUAUUUUUAUAUUAGAAAUAAUUACCUUGUGUUAUAUUUUAAUCAGACACUGGCCUAAUUUGAAGUUACUUGUUUAGAAUACCUGUCUACACAUACCAGGUAUAUACAAUGUGUAAACUUUAAAGAUGGCUGUGAUGUACCUGCAGGGUUUUACUGGCAUCAGUUUUGGAAUGUGAAGUGUACACUUGGCAAGUUGUUCGUUGUCAGUUUAUAGUAGGUGCUCGGCUGUCUGUACAAACAGAUAUUCAAGCUGAUUGGGGAUGGGAAUCAUAUUGUUCAUUCACCAUAUAUAUCCAUAAACACCAAUCUUCUUAUACAUGUGAUCUCUACGUCAUUGACUCGGUCAUCUAGUGGUUUUAGGGACAGCAAAAUUAUUAAUUAGAUAAUCAAACGGGCCUCUGUCAUCACAUACAACUAGGAAGUCAUUAUCUGUCCAUGUAAAAGAUUAUCAAGGAUAUUGGACAAUGCAAUUCUGACAUUCCUGUUGUUAGAUUUGUGUAUUUUUAUUGUGAUCGACUGUGUUCGCUGUCACUAUAACUAUGGAAUGUUUCCCAUUAUGUAGAAGUCUGAUUGUGUUUAAGUUAGCUCACCUUUUACAAUAAGAAAAAGAGCACAUCAAUCUUCAUUUUGUGUCAUCUUGCUUUAUUGUUAUUAAGGUUUAUUUUGUAUUUAUGUAGAUAAGUUAAGUAGAUAAAAGACAUUUAAUCAAAUUAUAGACAUUUCUGUACUGAAAACCGAAAUUCUUCCUAACCUUAAAGGCCAAAUACUGAUAAACAGUCUAAUUAUUGAUGCAAAUGACUUAUGCUGUUUUAGCACAUUCACAAGGAUUGUGUGGUACUGCGUAAGAAUGUAUUUAUUGAUAUUGCAUGUUAAAGGCCAGGUUCUCCAGACUUUACUGUAGAAGAAAGUGCUGGUCACUGAGAUAAAAACUGGGUUGUUGUUUGGCCUGUUCUGGUCUUAAUGACAGGGAACCGGAUACAAUACUUGUUCUUUUUCAUUCUUUUUUUUUUUUUUUUUAAAUUAAUCUUUAUUUAUAAUAUAUUAUUUAAGCUUAAUAUUAAUUACCUAUGUUGCCCCCGACAGAAGUGCAGAAGGGGUCUUGCUGUGGGAUGUGUUAGAAUUCUGGAAAAAACCUGGAUGCUCGGUCCAUUCCCAGGAACAAACCUGGACACCUAGGUGAUAGGUAAUUACAUUACCACUGCACCACCCAUCCACCCUGAAGUAAAACUGGGUUUAAAAUGUUGUUCAUAGUGUAGUGAUGAAUAUAUGUCUAUACAGGCCAAGGAUAAAUAAGCUUAACAUGUCUCCCUUUGGUUUAUAUGGAUUUGAAUCCUUGUAUAAUGUAUUUGCCUGUUGUUCAUAGGUUUAUUAAGCAUUCUAUUCACCUGUUGUUCAUAGGUUAAUGAAUCCAUGUAUAAUGUAUGUACUAAUGGUCCAUAGGUUUAGGAAUCGUAUGAUUUAUGUACUUGUGGUUCAAAAUUUUGUACCAGUUCAUCUUUAUACUUGUGGUUCAUUGACUUGAGAAUCCCUUCUGUUGUUCAUGAUCAUAUGAACGGCAAUAUGCUAUAUGCCAGUGUUUGUUUCCACUACGAUGACCCUGUUAUUGACAACAUUGUGAACAUGUAUAUCAGAAUUAAACCAUUUUACGUAAAGAUAAACCACUUA